AUGCAGGAGGAAAUCUUCACCGACGACGACUUUAGCGACCCGGAGGUCGAGGAGGAGGAGGAGGAGGAAGUAGAUGACCCAGAAGAGCAAGAACAUCAAGGACCCGACCCGGACCCGAUUAAAAGAUCCAGAAGCAAAGCCCUGCUCGAAUUCCGCUUCCGAGUCGAGGAAGCCAUAGUUGGAGACUACCUGUUUGCGAAAAGUCCCAAACGAAAUCUCCCCAGAGAAAACGCCAGCCUUUGGGGGAUCCCACUUUUUCCUAGCGCCGGCCACCCUGGCACCGACAUUGUCCUCACGAAGUUCCUCAAAGCUAACCGGUAUAAGGUUCACGAGGCCUUCACGUCCCUCCGCAAGGCCCUGACAUGGCGGGCCGAGUUCUGGGCCCACGAGAAGCCCGGAGAGGAUCCCCUGUUGAGGCCCGAGACUAGCGGCCUUUGGUUUUCCAGCGGUAGGGACAAAGAGGGUCGGCCUCUGUGCUACAGCAUUUGGGGCAAAGAGUCACAGAAUGCAAACUUGGCCUGUGCUGGCGGGAGGUACAGUCAGCAGUAUCUGAGGUGGAGGGUGAUGUUUGUGGAGAGGGGGAUACGGAGCCUCGAUUUCAGGCCCGGAGAGGCCCACUCGAUCGUGCAGAUCAUUGAUCUGGAGAACUCGAUGAAGCUUGCGAAGAAGGAGGUGAAGAUGAUCUACAGGAAGAUGAUUAGCUUGCUUCAUAAUUGUUAUCCGGGCAUCGUCUAUAAGAACUUAAUCAUCAAUGUGCCAUCAUGGUUUAUGACCUUCAACGCUAUCAACCUGCGGCUCCUCACGCAAAAGAGUAGGAACAAGUUUAUUUUCGUCAAGCCGUCAAAAGUCACUGAGACCCUUCUCAAGUAUGCCACGCCUGAAAACAUUCUAGUCCAAUAUGGAGGCUUAAGAAGGGAAAAUGACACUGAAUUCUCGACGGAUGAUAAAGUUCUUGAAGUGAAUAUCAGAGGAAGUUGGAUAGAAUACAUUCAGAUUCCUGCUGGGUUUACUGUAACUUGGGAUGUAACCGUGGUUGGAUACGAUGUUUUGUACAAAGAAGAAUUUAUACCUGAUGACGAUUGCUCGUACAGAAUCUUGCUGCAGGAGAAGAAAAUGGGAGAGAGCAUAAGAAACUCAUUUCACGUAAGGGAGCCCGGGAAAAUCCUCAUGACCAUAAUCAACAGCUCGUACACGAAGAAGAAGGCUUUCUAUAGGUAUAAAACCAGACCCACUGUACCUAUGUAUGUGUCAUCAAGCAACAAGCUUUUUGUGACCCCAAACCCCAUUUUCGAGUUGCUGUGA